AUUUUCGAUUUUCCGCCGCUUACCUACAAGGAGGCCCAUGUCGGAUUCGUCUGUAGGGAGGGCAAGAUCAAUGGGAUCCGGCGGCCCUCCCUGAACAACGAUCCCUGAAGGCAGCACUUAUACGCCUCUGCCUAUAUAGCACCCUGCAAUCCGUCCCUGAGGGUGCGUAUAAAUAGAGGAUUUUCGAUUUUCCGCCGCUUACCUACAAGGAGGCCCAUGUCGGAUUCGUCUGUAGGGAGGGCAAGAUCAAUGGGAUCCGGCGGCCCUCCCUGAACAACGAUCCCUGAAGGCAGCACUUAUACGCCUCUGCCUAUAUAGCACUCUGCAAUCCGUCCCUGAGGGUGCGUAUAAAUAGAGGCGGCAACAGCAGUCAUGUUUUUUCGGCAUGUAUUGCUAACACUGAGGACACUGCUCGGCCAUGCGCACAUCGCGGCAGAAUCUUGUAGGCACACUGCUGCUGGGUUCUCGUGGCGCUUGGGCAUUGUCUACGGCGGGAUGCGGGGAUCCGACUUCCUCCAUCGAGGGUGUACUUAGUGAUCGGAACGCAUGUGUCCCAGGUUCCGGUGUUCAAUGCCGUCCCUGGGAAAUCACCGUCGACGGGAACCGAGAUUGCUUGGAGAAAUCCACUACAAAUGUCUUCCCCCCGACCGGGGCUGACUGGGUUAUCGUCGAGCGUUCUUACGGAGAAAACUGCAAAGGAUUUUUACAGGCGGCAUGGACAAAGGCCUAUAAAGUCGGCGCGCAGGCAAGCGACAAAUGCGUGUACAGCUGCCCGGCCGGUCAUCCUCAACGAACAUGCGGUGCAGUUGUCGAAGACUUACUGACUGAUUGUGAGCUGGGCCGUACCGACAAAGACUUUAGUGAGAUAUGGUAUUGCGCGAGUACAACAUGGCCAGGCGCGGGGUAUACCUCGGUGGCACCCGGUGGAGCUCCAGCCACGCCCGGUGCGCCAGGCGAACCUGCUAAACCCGGUGAACCGCCGGUUAUUCCGCCUGUGGCCUCACCAACGACAGCGACAACGACAAAGACGAAGACGACACGGGUGCCAACCCCAGUCCCGACCCGAGAUGUGCGAAGUGGGGAGCGCUUCUUCCCGCUUAUUGCAAUAGGAGUGCCACUCGUGUACAACAACUACGGCGAUCACGACCCGAAAGGUCUCAUCUUCGCGCACGCGCGCAACAAAGAGCAUCUGCUGCAAGUGAUCGAUGACUAUCCCGACAGGCUGGCGGCGAAGAAUUUGACGGUCGAUCCUGUUAUCACCCCUUUGGUGCUGCGCGCCAGAGUCGGCGAACGUGUCAUUAUUCAGCUCGAGAAUCUCAUACCAGACAGAUUUGUCGGUAUCCAUCUGAACGCCGCAGGAUAUAACACUUCCAGUGACGGGUCCGCUGUAGGGAAGAACCCUCAUUCGCUUGUUGCGCCGAACGGUACGCGAGAGUACGUCUGGGAGCUCGAGCACGAAGGGCCGUUCUUCUUUCAAGAUGCCGGAGACCUUAACGGUGGGAAGGAAGGCACCAACUCCCAUGGCUUAUUCGGAGCCAUCAUUGUUGAAGAAGCCCACGCCGUGUGGACUGAUCCAGAAACUGGGGCGGAACUCAUCGACGGACCUUACGCUGAUGUUCACCCACCCAAGCGCGGGCGGCAGGCGCGAAACAAUCUUCCUGGGUGGGGAUCAGACCCUCCGAAAUACCCGCCGGAUGAAGCGUCUUAUAGAGAAUUCGUCGUAUUCAUUCACGACGAAGUGGAGGCUUAUAAUCCUGACCUCGAAGAAGUGCCAAGCCCUUGCGGAGCCGACGCUCCUAGUGCACAAAUGAGCAUGAGGAAGCCCGCGAAUGCUCCAGAAGUCGAAGUUGGAGGUGCUGCGGAUGCUGCUGCUGCGGAGAUGCCGCAUGCCGCCGAACAAAUUGUUUUAGGUGCCCUUGCCGAGGCAGCCGAGCAAGCAGACAAGGACCUUGAAGGUCUGCCCGGUUUGCGAGCUGUGGAGAUUAUGCCUAUAAGUUAUCGCUCUGAGCCGAUGUUAAACCGCCUUCGAAUUAUGCAUAAGCGUUACAACCGAGGAGAGUACAAGGAUGACCCUGAUGCGCCCCAUGAUGAAGAAGUGCACCAUAGUUCAUGGAUGUUCGGCGACCCGGUUACCCCUAUCUUAAGGAACUACAUCGGCGAUCCGCUACGGAUCCACGUGUUCCACGCAGGUGUGAAGGAGACACAUGUUUUCCACUGGCACGUUCACCAGUGGCACGCAAACUACAAGGACCGCACUUCCCCGUUGAUUGAUGCAAUGCUUCUCGGACCGCAAAUGGCCUAUACCGCUGUUGGUCUUUACGGUUCCGGGUCUCGACUGCUAAAUCCCGGAGAUGUCAUUUGGCAUUGUCAUUUGUAUCCGCACUUCCACCAUGGGAUGUGGGGUAUCCAAAGAUCCUAUGACACGCUUCAGAAUGGAACCAUGAAGUAUCCCGACGGCACUCAGAUCAGGCCGCUCCUCCCUUUGCCGGAUCGCGAACGCCCGCCGCUUCCAACCGCUGAGAAACCUGGGUUUCCAAACUUCAUCGCGGGGAAGAUGGGCAAAAAGUCCCCCCGCGUGCCUUGGCCGGAGAGCAAAUUCGGCCCUGUGCCCGAAGGCUACACCUACCGACCGGCGACGGAGUUAGAAGUAGCUGCCAUGAACGACGACCCUGUCCCAGGAGGGCUCUUCGUCAAGAUACCAUUCUCGAGAGCGCUCCCAUCCGUCCAGUAUAACAUCAGCGUUAUCGAGAGAAAAACUAAGCUGAACGAGCAUGGAUGGUUCGUGGACCGCGCAACAAUGUUCAUCAUGGAUAAUGAGAUUCCCGACGUCGAUCCGUCCGAGCCUUAUCCAUACGAGCCGUUUGUGGCCCGAGCAAACAAAGGUCAGGUCAUCGAUAUCACUGCCAUCAAUAGGUUGCCGAAAAAGUCCCUUGCCAAUCGCCAUGACAAUGCGCUGCCCGUAUGCGGUGCUAUUGGUUAUCAGGGCGAAAGUUCUUUCCAUGUUCAUUUGGUAAAGUUUGACGUGAUGUCCGCAGAUGGCUCAUCGACUGGUUGGAACUACAUCAGUGCGCCUAAAGCCGGCGAGAAGUUUUAUUACAAAUGGUGGGCCGACGAGGAGUUUGGCAGUAUCUUCUUCCACGAUCACCUCUUUGCGAACACUCGACAGAAAGCCGGACUGUACGGGAACAUGGUCAUCGAGCCUGAGGGCAGCAAGUACUUCAAUCCUCGGACCAACGCACCUAUGAUUGCUGGACUCGAAGCGAGAAUCGAGACACCCACCGACUCUUACAGGGAGUUUGCGUUCUCCUUUGGCGACUUUGUACCUGCCUUCAACGGUAGUCUCAGCCAAGCCAUCCGUCCGCCUACAGCACCUGGUGGUAUGGACGAUCCUGGUAUCUCGAUGAUCGGGUAUCGAGCCGAAGACCUUAACUAUCGAGCCUCGCGCGGAAAUCCUGAAACGUGGUUCUCCAGUCGCAAAUUCAAAGAACCCGUCACUCAUCUCUACGAAGCUUACCCUGGUGACAAGAUCAUCCUUCGCAUAGUUCAAGGAAGUCACGAGGAGGAUCACUCUUUCCAAAUUUACGGCAUGAAGUGGCGCGAGUUUUUGGAUAACCCUACAUCCAAAUGGACGAAUCAAAAGUCGAUCGGAAUAUCGGAGGCGACGAACCUUUGGAUCGAUCGAACGUACGGACCAGGCGAUCAUAUGUAUAAGCUUUCUGGAAUCAAUGAUCUCUGGACGGGAAACUGGGGCAUUAUUCGGGUCCACGAUGGCAUUCGACCAAACCUACCCCUGCUAUCUUCAAACCGGAAACCGAACUUCCGUCCACUGUCAAACAUAUUUUCGCUCAACUCCGCUGCUGGAAUGAAGACGCGGGAAUACCGAGUCGUCGCAACCCGCAGGCAGAUUGACUAUGACAGUGAUCUCUCCGACCCGUUUGGCAUCAUGUAUGAAGUGGACUCGUACAAGGAACCGGAUGGCGCGUGGCAAGCCGUGUCGUCGUUUGGCAAGAAGCCGGAACCCUUGGUUCUCCGCGUGCGAAAAGGAGAGCUGCUCAAGAUCCAUUUGGAGAACCGGCUGAUCACUUCAAUGAAAAAGGAGCCGGCCUACGCGAGGAUUGCGGUGGAGAACGACGCCCGAAACGUCUCCAAUCACAUCUCCAUCCAUGUGGAUGUGUUGCAGUUCGACGUUCGAGACUCGAUGGGUGUGAAUCUGGGUUGGAACCCUGAUCAAACUGUUCCACCAGGCCAAUGGAAGACCUAUACGUAUCACGCUGACGAGGAAGUCGGAGCGGUACCCAUGCACGAUAUGGCCGAUGUGAGAAAUCACCGUCGUCACGGAGCAAUUGGAGCGGUUGUUGUUCUCGAACACGAUGCUGUGCCUGAUCAAUGGGUCGGGACUUCGACGGUCAUACGUGUCCCUUCCACAGGGCUCAUCUAUGAUCAGUCAGUGCUUGUUGUCCAGGAUGGGCUACGCCACUUUAAGAACGGGGAUUUGACGAUGAAUGUCCUAGAUACGCCUGUAAGUGAUGAGGACGAGGAUAGAGGUCAGAAGGGCAUCAACUACCGUUCCUGCCCGACACACCGGAGGGUCAAUGAGACCCACGUGCUCUUCGAUUCCCCCGGGGCGCUGGUGUUACCAGGAAGGGCAGGACGGCGCCACAAGAUUUCUGUCAUCGGAGGUACGGAACGAGAAAGAAUGAUGACUAUUCACAUUCACGGUCACACCUGGAAACGAUGGCCGACACCUGGGGUCGCGAGUCCCUAUGUCAGCACCAUUGACGGCAUUACAUCGGGAUCCGCGGUGUUGAUUGACUUGGAGAACCCCGUCGAAGGAGACUGGUUGAUCCGUAACGGGGUCAGCCUCUUCGGCGUUACUGACGGGAUGUGGGCAAUUUUGCGUAACGGUCCUGCUCAGGCUGAAACGCUGGAGGAGAAACCUCGCAAGUCGUCGAUACAACUUCCACCCAAGACUACGCCGACGUCUGUUCCGAACGUCACCAAAACUCCCACGGCCGACGCCAGUAAGAGUGUCGACUCGAGCGUUUCAAUAAAUGAGGCCACGAGGAUUCCGACCGUAAUGCCGUCGAGCUCGGCCAAGGCAAGCCAACCCACUACGGCCAGUGUCCCUACGAGUGAGCACCGCGAUGCGACAUCGCCCGCCGUUGGAAAUCUUCCGUCUCUGCCCAUAUUGACGACAGUUGUCUUGAUUGGACUUGGAGGAUUCUUUUUAGGACGCGGCUUUUAGACUUUUAUGUCCUGUAUUGUCUGCUGAAUAUUUCAUAUCUUUGGCAUGCUUGUUUGAGUCAUCAUGAAAAUAACGUUGCAAGGAUGGCACCAGAUCGGCUGUGCAGGAGGCGGUGA